UUGGCUCGUCGACGUCGUCGUUAUCGUCGUUGGCAAUGCACAACAUUUUCGGCUAGUCUCUGCGUUGCUCUUGUAAAAUGUAUACAACAUUUUUUGCCAGCCAGCUUCAAGUCAAAGAAAAUUAUAUUUUUUUAUUGAAUUUAAUGUGAGACAAAUUGCUGGGAUAAGUUAAAAUUGUGAAAAUCUCGAUAGGAAAAGUAAAGCCACACAAAAAAAGAAUUGAUAAACAAAAAUGGAAUUAGUAAAUAACGUACAAAGACAUAUACCUACUCAGCAGUUACAUACAUAAGGAAUAAAGAACCCUAUCAUAUACAUACAUAGAUGGCAAAUAUUCCAAGUGUUUAAAUGAGCAAAUCCGUUUAAGCCAUUGGCAAUAUGAAAUAUUCAUAAAGGCAAAUCCAAAACGUGCGACUACGCAGGAAUUACCCGCCAAGAAGACACGCAUGAAGAUACAAAUACCGCAUUACUGUAUGGAUGUACAUAUAUGUGCAUAUGAGUAAGUGAGAGGCUGGGUAAUGACGCCGAGUGCGUGACUGUCGACAGCAAUCAUCAUAUCUAGUAGAAAAUCUGCACCACCGUCAAUCACGCCAAUGUCAACAGUUCGUCUUCAACAAGUGCAACACAUCCAUCAUCAUUACCAAAAGGAGCAACAACAGGCAGCACAGCAGCCCAGCAGACAACAGCUACGCAAUCGCACAGAAAUAAAUUUAAAUAAUGCUUGUAACUGGCUUUUUAAUGCAUUCUACGCCGAUUUAAGUGAGCUCGCGCCACCAGCUCAACCACUUAAGGCAGUCGCUACCCGAUCAACACUCGAAACUUAGGAACCUAUUGCCAACAUCGAAGUGGGUGCGCCAACCACAGCGACACUCUUAAAAUAUUUGAACUACACAUAGAGAAGGUAACCGAGAGGGGAAGGCAUAAAAAUGUUCGAUACGAAAUGGUUGCCCGCCGCCUGUGGCAGUUUGGCACCCGCUCUUAUACCGCCCGCACACAUGUUGGUGUUGGCCUACUUUUGGGAAAAUUACUCGCGCUACGUUGAUAAGCACUUUUGUACAUGCUCCUGCUGGGACACUAUAUUCAAAGGGCCCUACGAGUCGGGUGUUGCAUCGUACAAGCAUCUCUACUUCAAUGUCACACAAAAUUCAUUCAAAAUGUGGCUGCUCACUGUAUUCGCUGUUAUUGCGCUUUAUGAAUGCAUUAAACAGUUGAUUGCGUUGAUAUUGCAACAACGUUGUCGCUACUCGAUGUUGUUGCUCUUCUCGCUGUCGAUAUUUUCACACUAUUAUGCCUGGUGGGCGUACAUAAAUUACUACAACGAUGACUAUUACCAGCAAUGGAACCAUCAGCUAUUUUUUACGGUAACCGAAUUGAUAUCUUCCUUGCUGGUCAUGCAUCUCGCGAACGCUACUAACACGGUCACAUCGAAGAAAGUAUUCUGCAUUGUUGGCAUUGCCAUACUCCACAUCACAGCCAGCAGUUUCGACCAGUUCUUCAUGAAUGUGGUGCGUGGCGAAGGUUAUGCACAUCAAAUAGUACGAGAUAUCGGCUUUAUGGUGCCAGAUAUACUGCAAUUAAUCAUACCAUUGUGGCUCUUCCGCAAGACGCGCAAGGAAUCGUACACAACGCGUCCCUUUUACCGUGACCGCAAUCUGCACAAAGACAUUGUGGCGAUGUUAUUCUUCGUGCUGGCGCUCUUUGUUGUCUGUACGAUUUUGUGAGAUAGAAUUUUCCAAUACCUGCAGAUGAUGAAUAGUGAGGAGGAAGCGCGCGCAACGAGACGCAUGAAUCUGAUGGCUCGACUAUACUUCAAUGUGUAAGGUAAAUAAUGUAUAUACUAUACAUAUAUACGUCUGUCUGAGUUACAGCAACAACAACCAAGUGUUGAAUUGAACUGCACGCGUUUGUUGUGGUGGAUGCCGCUGAAGAGUUCUAAGCUUGCGGUGACACACUUUUUGCUGAAACUAAACGUUGGCGUGUAAGUCUAGAUGUAGUUAGUUUUAGCAACAAAUACAAACAAAAUAUAUACAAUACGUACUUAUUUACUUACAUAUAUAUAUAUAUACAUAGAUAUAUAUAUAUUUACAUAUAUUAGUGUAGACCAAAGAACAAAGUUUUCCCCUCUCUAACCUUGUGAUAACUGUAUUUUUUAUCCUUAGAUUUUAACAAAUUUAAUCAUAUUUAUUUCAAUUUCAUACCUGUAGUGAUUAUUAUUUAGGUUCCUUAGGAACCUAAACAAUAUUUAAUAUUAGAAAAGAGAGGGUGUUUAGCUGUCAUUCACAUACGUAUACAUAUGCAUUUUGUCAAAUAUUUUUAAACACUGAAUUUCAUUUCUUGAAAAUAUAGCAAUUAUUACAUGCAUCCGCAGUCACACACUCUGUCUUUUCUUACCUUUAUAUAGCUCAACUCUACAUCCUUAUCCAGUCUGCAAAAACCAGAAAUGAGGGCGCGGUUGUUGAGGCCCAUGAUAUUGAAUCGGCGUAUGCCAGCAGCUGUACACUCUUAUAGAAGAUUGUAGCUUCUCUAUUUAGCUCUGCAGCUCCACUUAUUUUCUCCAGCAGUAGAUAGAAGAAGACGCAUGAAAGGGAGUCGCCUUCUCUGAAACCUCGUUUGGUAUUGAACGGCUCGAAGAGGUCCUUCCUGAUCCUGACGGAGCUUUUGGUGUUGCUCAACGUCAGUUUACACAGCCGUAUUAGUUUUGCGGGCAUACCAAAUUCAGACAUAGCGGCAAAGAGGCAGCUCCUUUUCGUGCUAUCAAAAGCAGCUCCAAAAUCGGCGAAAAGGUAGUGUGUGUCGAUCCUCUUUUCACGGGUAUUUUCCAAAAUUUGACGAUUGGUGAAUAUCUGGUCAGUUAUUGAUUUUCCUGGCCUGAAGCCGCACGGAUAAGGUCCAAUCAGUUUGUUGACUGUGGGCUUUAAUCUUUCAAACAAUACGCUCGCUAGGGGAGGCAAUUGAGGAGGCUUAUCCCACGGUAUUCGCCGCAGAUUGUGAAGUAUCCUUUUUUGUGGAUUGAGCACACUUAAAUUCCUUUCGUUCGGCCAUUUUCUACAAAGAAGCUGAUGCAUGCUGACGCCGGCGUAUUUGAAUAGCUUUACCGGAAUUCCAUCGGGCCGAGCCGCUUUGUUGUUUUUCAGAUGGGUAAUUGCUAUUUGAACUUCUUCAUGGUCGGGCAAUGGAACGUCCGUUCCAUCAUCAUUGUCAGUUUUGUGGUCGCUUGAUUCCGUAUUUUCUGAGCACGUGUCAAAAACGGACAAGAGCAAGGAGAAAAUGCCAUAGUUUACAGUGUUCCUACGAUAUGACGAAAACGCAACCCUGUCGACUGAAAAUGUGAAUAGUUUUUACAUUCCUGAUACUAUAACAGCCCACCAAGUGCAAUUUUGGUUUCUGGACUCCGUUCGGUAGUUCUGAUAUCAAAGUUAUGCUACGCUCUAGAUGGCUAAUUGUUAAAAAUACUGAUGAAAAAACGCUCUAGGCCAACAUACAUAUAAACACUGUUUCGAUUGCAAAAUCAGUUUGAAACCAUUUAAGUAAGGUUAAACAUGAGUUAAUGCAUCCCAUAUGCAAAUUGUAACAAAAUCUAUCACUAUCUAAAACGGAUUUUGUGAUUUAAUCACGUCAAGCCAAAAUGCACGGCCAAGAAGGCUUGGCUAAGUACUUGGGCGUAUUGGUAGGAGAUCAUCUAUAAUGAGCUGCUCCCCUGCAUCUAAUUCGUUAAGUAUACUCUCAACAACGCGUUAGUCUAAAGGGAGCAAUUACGCCGAGGUGGUGAUCAAUAAGAGAGUACUUGUGCUCCAUCUCAACGCUAGGCUACACAGAUUGAUAAUUACUCGUCUAAAGCUUCCAUAACUUCUUUUGCUUCAAAAUAGGCCUAAGUUUCGGCAAUCUCCUCUUCUGUCGACGAAAAUAUCUUACCAGUGAGCAUUCUUUUGUGAUCUGAGGACAGAAAAUAGUUCCAAAGGACCAUAUCUGGAGAAUACGGUGAAUGCGGAAACAAUUCGAAGCCUAAUUCAUGGAUUUUUCCUAUUCUUUUCACUGGCUAGUGACACGAUACAUUGCCUUCCUUCACAGCACUUCCUUUUUCCUCAAAAGAUGACGUUUUUAGCGAUUUUGUCCUUCAAGUGGUCCAAUAACGCUAUGUAACAGUCGCUGUUGAUUGUUCUUCUUUUUUUAAGGUACAUAUGUAGUUAAUAAAAGUUAUCCCAUGCGCAUCCAAAAAUACAGACACCAUAGCCGUCUCAUUCGAGGUUGAGUUUUUCCACGCUUUGUCACGGGUUCGUCGUGUACAGUCCACUUGGAUGUCUGCCGAAUGAACUUCGGAGUGAAAUAAUGGAGCCAUGUUUCAUUCAUUAUCACAUAUCGGCGCAAAAAUGUGGUUUUAAUAACAUUUAACAUCUCCAGUCACUGCUCCGAAUCAUCAACUCGUCUUUCUUUUUGGUGAAAAGUGAGUUCACGUGGCAUCCAUUUUGUACAGAGCUUUCUCAUACCCAAACAUUCGUGAAUGAUAUGAUUCAAUUGAUAAAUUUAGUGUGCCUGCUGUAUCGAACAAUUUCAUUUGACGAUCUUCCAAAAUACGAAUUGGACUUUUUGGAUGUUUUCGUCGAUAACAACUUCUUUUGAGCAUACACUGCCUUCUCCGUCUUCGGUGCGCUUUUCACCACUUCUAAACUUAGCAUACCAAUUCCUGAUGUUUGAUUUUCUUGGUGCAGUGUAAGGAAACUUGUAAUCAAGCCAAGGUUUUGCUCCAACUGUGUUUUUUCCCUUCAAAAAGUAAUAAUAUUUUAUAAACACACGAAAUUACUUUUUAUCCAUUUUUUUCACAAUAAGAAAAUUUGCUUCACUAAAAAUAAUAUAUCAAAUUCAGACAUAGCAGCAUAAAGGCAGUUCCUUUUCGUGCUUUCAAAAGUAGCUUUGAAAUCGACGAAGAGUUGGUGUGUGAAUCUAUGGUAGUUGUUGAUUUUCCAGACCUGAAGCCACAAUGAUAAGAUCCAAUGACUUUGUUGACGGUGGGCUUUAAUCUUUCGCACAAUACGCUCAAUAGAACCUUACAUGCUUAUCCCGAGGCAGUUGGCGCAAAUUGUGGGAUCCCCCUUUUUGUGGUUUGGGCAGAGCACACUUACAUAGGUUGCAAUCGUCGGGCAUGCUUUCAGCCACGUAAAAAACAUCCCCAAUUAAAAGAAUAACAAAUAUUCCGUGUGCCAAUGUCACAAUUCAGCUACUCAGUUUUUAAAUAUAUUUGACGGAAUGAUUAUAGAUGUAUAAGGUAUUAAAUGGAAUAGCUAACAAUUAUAAUUAACGAAAUCUACAAUAUUAGACUUAUAUUCUAUAUUAGGAAUACUUAGUUUCAAAAAUUUUAUAUAUUUAGAGAACAAAUAUUAAAAUGGAGUCAUAUCAUAGCACAACUUUGUACACCGUAGAUAACACUCAAAAGACUCAUAACACAAGUAGAAACGUACCUACUCAUUAUAUGUAAGUAGGUUCAUAUGUAUGUAAUAUUACACAUCAAUAGUGAUACAUAUAUGCAGUUAAAGAAAUACAUUUAUAAUAUAAUUUAUGUUCAAAACCACUUCCUAAAUAUUUUUUUUUAUUAUUGUAUGCCAAAAAUUGAAACCCAUAAGCCCUAUUGGACUAUUUAGAACAGCCCGCCUAACAUUUUUAAUUUACAGCAACACUCGACACUCGUCAGGGAUCCUGUUAUCGUUUUAAUUAUUAUUCUUCCAAAAAUUUGGUAUAUUGCUAUAAUAGAACCAAACAAACCAUCAGUUGUGAUUCAAAGAGCUUCAGGCAAUUUUAUACCUAUGCAUACCAGAGAAAAUAUUGAGUCGUAUUUUAUUAGAUAAUUUCUAAAAUUCGCCUACUUUUACCUUUAAUGUUAUCUUUUGUAAAAUCAAAAGUAUUUACAUUUUCUACUUCGAAUAAAGAAAGCAACGAGUUUUCUUCAAUAAACUUCGAGUUUGCAUCAUCGAAAAAAUAUGUAGUCCAAAGUUCAAAUAGUACGAUUAUCAAUAUUACUCUCAAUAUCAUAUAUAGAUGGCGAGUUUGGCUACAUAAUUAUUUUUAAUUUUACAAGAACAAGAAAUCGUUAUUUUAUAGUGGUUUAUGAUGUUGUCGAAAGAAAAUACAUGGGAGAUGUUCCAGCCUUUAAGCAGAUCCGUGCUUCUUCUUUCGCAGCCACACUUUCCACAGAUCAGAAUUGUAUACGUAUUAAGUUUUCUAACGCUUCUGAGUCUUCCAUAGAGAGUAUGAAAGUUUGGCAAGAAAACUAGCCUUAUAGAAACGUGAUGCUAAAAGCUAGCUUAAUGAAACAACAUCCGAUUUCAAACCAAUCUCAUCAACAAAACACUUAACUUUAAUAGAAAAGAUCGAUAUUCUUCUGGUAGAAUAUUUUCUACAAUACUUGACUGAUAGAAAGAUAGAAAAUAAUCGAGUUUUUGCACAGCGACGCAUGAUCUAUUGCGUCCUCUCCUAUAUCACAUAUGGUCACAUAAAUGCCGCGGCCUGAAUAAUUCCAGGAGCUUUCUGGGCUUAAUGGAGGUGAUGUGAUCCCUGUCCACGUAGACAGAUCCUAGGGCCUUGAACCUGUUUCUACAAAUUGCUAAGCAAACUAGAAUCAGGUGUUCUGGAGCUUCUUGUUCCAUGUCGCAAAACCGGCAACUUACGCAAGAGACUAUGCCAAUGUUGAACUAGUAUUUCUUGAGCCUACAGUGCCCAAUAUAGAGCGCGACAAGGAGACGAAAAGCCGAUGACUGAUAGAAGAAGUGAAACUUCCGUCAUUAAUAAUGCAUAAAUAUUGUUUAAUUCUAAUACAAUUGAUUUUAUAACAACAGAUGAAGACACUGUCCAAAACGUAUGUUGUUUGGUCUGUAUACAUUGUGACAAAAAAGUACCCGGUAAUUAUUAAAAAUAUUUAAUUAUUCAUCAAUAUUUAUUUUGUCGUCUUCAAAGUAAUCUGCACUAUAUGAAAUUCACUUAUGUCAAGGAUUUUUCCAGUCUUCGAAACCCUUUUUUAAACAGUUUUUGGGAUGGCCUUUAGCUCCUUCAGUAACUUUUGUUUUAUCUCUUCGAUUGACUAAAACGAUUUCCACAAAACGGCUGUUUCAGUUUGGGGGACAAAAAAAAAACAACACUGACCCAAAUCUGGAGAAUACAGUGUUUGAUCGAUGAUAUUCAUUUCUUUUUUGGCUUUAAAUUCGGUCACAAUUGUACUUUUUUUGAAAAAAAAUCAACUUUAACGGGACAAGUCGACCAAGAACGCGUUUCAUAUCCAAAAUAUCCACAAAAAUAAUUCGAACGGUCUCGCGAGAUAUGUCGAGCUAUUUUACCAUUUCUUUAAUACUUAUCUUACGCAAGCAGCACACCAUAUCCUUCUUCUUCUUGAAAUUCGAGAUACCAAGUGCCAGGUUCUUCUCUACCUGAUCUCUCCAACGAAGUGGAAGUCUUCCUCUGCUUCCCCCGGCGGGUACUACGUCGAAUACUUUCAGAGCUAGAGUAUUUUCAUACAUUCGGACGACACUGUCUUUUAAUGCUCUGAACCAUGUCCAUGUCGUCUAUCGAAUACCGUUGCCAAUGCGCAAAGGACCAUAAAUAUUUCGCAGAACCUUUCUCUCGAAAAUUCGUAACGUCGACUUAUCAGACGUUGUCAUCGUCCAUGCCUCUGUACCAUAUAUCAGAACGCGAAUGAUGAGUGACUCGUACAGUUUGAUCUUUUCGUUGCGAGAGGGGUUUACUUUUCAAUUGCCUACUCAGUCCGAAGUAGCACAUGUUGACAAGAGUUAUUCUGCUCUAGAUUUGGAGGCUGUUGUUGGUGUUAAUACUGGUUCCAAGAUAUACAAAAUUAUUUGCGACUUCGAAAUCAAUAGUGGCGUGGUAGCCAAGGAGCGAGUGUGACGGCUGUUUGUUCGAUGACAGGAGAUAUCUCGUCUUGCCCUGGUGAAAGCAGAACUAACCGCACGGUUGUUGAGGCCAAUGAUAUCAAUAUCCUCGGCAUACGCCAGCACUUGUACACUCUUAUAAAAUACUUGUAUUGUGCCUUUUCGAUUCAGUCCUGCAGCUCCAAUUAUUUUUUCUAAAAGUAGAUUGAUAUAGACGCACGACAGGGAGUCGCUUUGUCUGAAACCUCGGUUGGCUCGGAGAGCUCCUUCCACUUUGUCGUUAUUCAGGGAGGUAAUUGCUAUUCGAACUUUUUCAUGGUCGAGCAAUGGAACGUCCGUUCCACCGUCAUCGAUUGGGGAAUCGGGUUCAUCAUCUCCUGUUGUUAUGCUUUCACUGCCACUCAGUAGGCUGGAGAGGUGUUCCCUCUUUAAUUUUAGUUUACUCUGGGCAUCAGCCAAAAGAUCACUUUUGGGGUCGAAAGUCGUUCAGAAUGAGGCAUCUCUUCAACAAUCUCUCGACCAUCUUUCAAGGCCUUGUACCACUCGUAUGCUUGUGUUUUUAAUAAAACUGAAUAAGCGUAAGCCUUUUGUUACAUUUUCAAUAAUUGCGUACACUAAAUUUGGUUAGAAAUACCAAAUUUAAGACAAAUUCUUCGUUCGAUAGUUUUAUCCAUUGUAAAAAUCGCAACGCACUACUGAGGUGUAUCGACUUAAGCAGCUGCUGUAAACAAACUGGUUGACAGAUCGCGCUCAUAUUUGGCAUAGUAAUUAAGGACAGUCCUACCAACUUGGCAAAAUACAUUUUUUGAAAUAUCAUUUACCCGGGGCAUUUAAUUACAAUUUCCGGGUGCUUUUUUUGUCCCAAUGUAUUUAAAAAUUCAGACAAUUUUUAGAAAGAUAUCGGAGCUUGGAGGUGGAAAUCUACAAAUUUCUUGGCUUAUUAUUCUUACAGCCGGUAGUUUUAACCUUAUUUUCCGAUUGUUAAAGGAAUCUCACUAAGAAAUACAGUGUAUUUAUAACAUAGUCUAUCACAUGAUAACAAUUGAUAACAGCAAUCAAAAAUUAGAGAACGCCUAAAACUAAAAAAAAUCUUACCUUAUUACUAGAGCAUUUGAAUUACACUUAUUUUCAAUACGUUCUCAGCCUACACUUACUGAGUGUCUAAUUCGUUUCAUAUUUUGCAAAGAAUACUUCCGCUGACACUCUUUAGAAAUACUCAAAUUCUUUCACUGUCACAUUUACAAUUUUUAUUUGCUUGUUAGUAUUGAUUUCAAUGGCAAAACAUUUUUAUUUCAAUAACAUCUACACCGUGUAAUACAAAAACACAAAAACAAACCGAACAGUAUUGAAAACUCUCAGAUGAAACUAAAUAAUCUAAAGAAUCUUACAAACUUGAGGAAACUUUUUAAUGCAAAUAAUAUAACUUGAACUGAAAUAUGAAAACGUGAAAUAUGUUUUAUCAAUCAGAUCAUAACUUUAUGCAAAUAAUCUACAAUAAAGUGUUGAAUUAAUUGAAUCUUCGUAUAAAUAAAUAUAAAGUUACAAAAAACCAAUUCAAAUUUAAGCAGACGAAAUUUAAGAAUUGAGCACAUAUCGACAUAUUGCUACAAACAUGCAUAUAAAGAAUAUCAAAAUACAUAUGUAUAUAUAUAAUUAUCCAUAAAGAAAUAAAUAGUUAAAUAACAUUCUAAAAGCAAGAAGACAUGAAAUAUUUUAAAAAUAAAGUUUAAAAUAAAGUUUUACUGACAUAAGUUUGCCCAUAAUCUCUCCAUAUUAUUUCAAAUUAAUUUCUAUUUUAUUGGCUUUCGCGUAGCGAUUUCCAUGAAUUUGGAAAAAAAGCAUACACAGAAAAUCAUUUGCACAAUUUGGUCUACCCUAUCAUACAUAUUGCAUUUGACGAUGCCAAUAACAUCAAUGCGAGUGGAAUUGAGAAAAUCUCUUAAUCGCAAAAAAUGCCGUUUUUCGGAUACAUUUUGGUAUUUGGGGGUAAUUCCAAUUCAUAUCUGAAGCCUAAAGUUCCAAACUUAAAAAAAAAAUUACAACUCUAGUCUGAAUUUAUAAUAUUUUCCUGGUAGCACGAAAAAUACGAUUGAAAAGAGAGAAAACAUUUAAAAAAUAUUUUUUUUUGUUAACAAAUUGUAAGUUCAAUGUAUUUAAUACUAUAAUAAUAAAAUUCUAAUGAUUUACAGUGAUAAAAAAGAACUUUAGUUCAGAAGUAGUACAGCAACUUAUUUACUCUAGAGCUUAGUGAUUCCAGAUUUUCAAUAAGUUUUGUCGUUUGAUAAGAAAACACAAUUUUAUGAUUCAAAAUACACUUUAUUAUUCAGUAUAACAUCCCUGAACAUUAAUACACUUGCUUCAACGCUCCUCCAUUCUGUGGACCCCCUCCCUGAAGUGAGAAUCCGGAAGGUCUGCAAAAUACGCUUCAACAGCCGUUAUGACCUUUUCAUUUGAUGAAAAACGCUUGCCACGCAUACAUUUUUUGAGCUCUGGAAACACAUGGAAAUCGCUGAAGGCCAAAUCUGGUGUAUACGGUGGAUGCUACAACAAUUCGAACUUUAAUUCAUGGACUUUAGCCAUUGUCAAUAUGCUAUUCUGAAACGUAGCAUUGUCCUGAUCAAAAAGGAUUUUUUCUUCUGCAAACCGAGUCUUUUUUCACAAAUUUUUUUCUUCAACAGGUCCAAAAGGUUGCGAUAAUAUUCAAAAUUUUAUUGUUUUACCAGUUUUUAAGUAAUCCACAAACAAAAUUCCUCUCGCAUCCCAAAAAACUGAUGUCAUAACCUUCUUGGCCGAUUACAGAACAUGAACUCGUUUCGAAGCCUAACAACCAGGUUCACACCACUCUUUAGCCUCUUAAUUUGAUUCAGGAUCUUGGUGAUAGACCCAUGUCUCAUUCAUAGUGAUGAAUCGACGCACAAAAUCCACCUUAUCCUCUUUAAAACACUCCAAACGUGGCUGAGAAAGUCGCAUUCGAAUAUGUUUUUGUUCCAUUGUUAGCAAAUGCGGCACCCAUUGUGCACACAACUUUCUAAAACUCAAAAUUUCACUGAAGAUAUCGCUCACACUGCCUAUUGAAAUGUAUAGACCCUCUACUAAAUCUCUCUUAGUCAAUCGACGGUCUUUCAAAACCGUAUCCUGUAUUUUGGCUAAGAUUUCUGGCGUUGAUGCACUUUUUUGACGUCCUUGACGUGCAUCGUCUUCAAGGCUUAUACGACCACGUUUAAAUUCAGCAACCCAUCUUUCUACUGCUCAAAAUGUAGGAAAAUAAUCAUUAUACACUUUUAACAUUCGUUCAUGAAUUUCUUUUGGUGCUAUACCUUCCAAAAAUAAGAAAUUUAUCACUGCACGAUAUUCAAUUUUUUCCAUUGUAAAAAAUACUGUGACACGGCGACACUAAAUGGCUUGUAAACAAAGAAUGAAUUGACAGAUUGAAAUGAAACUUCACAUACGUUCAUAUAAAGUGUGUACCAACAAAACAAAAGAUGGCUAGUAGCAACGCCCUCUCUUAUCAAACUACAAAACUUAUUGAACAACCUGGUACUACUAUGAGUAAAAAAUAGUAAGUCUUUGUUCGUAAUUUUAAAACUUUGAAUUUAUACUUCAAAAUAUAUCGUCCCCUUCAAAGUAACCCCCCUUGGUCCCAGUACACUUGUGCCAACGUUUUUUUCAUUCCUCGAAACACUAGUUAAAAUGCUUAAAUUGCUGAAAAGCCAGAAGCCACACGGAGCUAAAUCAGGCGAAUAAGAUGGCCGGUUGACAGUUUGGCGAAAAACUCACGAAGAAUCAAUGCAGUAUGCGACGGUGCGUAAUCGUGGUGCAAAAACCAUGAGUUAUCGGCCCAUAUUUCUAUAUAGUUUUAACGAAUAGCCUCGCGCAAGUGACCCAUAAUACUCGUACUCAAAUUUUAAAUUAAAAAGUCCUACAAUUUUUGACCACAGCACUAUAUGUCAUAUCAAUCAAAUUGUUAGGAAGUCUUAGUUCUCUCGAUGGUUAGCACUUUGGACUUUUAGACCAAGCAAUGUUUCCAGCUAACCAAGGGUAGAACAAAGCAGAUCAGGGCGUUAAUUACUGCUACUUUUGGCAAAAGUACAUAAGUAGUUGAGUGAAAAGAGAGUCUAAUGAUAUUGCUUUCGAGGAAUUAAGCAAAAAAUAUGAAUAUAAUUAAAGGUUGAAAGUAUACCUGUGAACAGUAAUAAAUUAUUUAUCUAUCGCCAAGUGUGAGGAGAAGUGACUGAUUACUAUUAACUUCGAACCAAAACAAUUUCAUUGGAAAUUUUUUCAUUUUUGUCUUCAUUUAGUUUCAAUAUUAUUUUUUAGUAUUAGUCUAACUGUGGGUAAUUUAUAAACACUACAGAUAAAUAAAAUACUCAUAUUUGUAUGUGAAUAUAAUAUAUCUGAAAAUUAAUAAAAUAACGCAAAUUUAAUAAUUUAUGAAUAAAUACAUACUAAAUAACUGGGGAAGUAAUUUAAUUUUGUAGCGAUAAAUUACCAAAAAUAUUAACCUUUCUCUAAUCAAAUAAAAAUUUCAUAAAUUGGGAUAUGUGCAUUGAUUAGAAGACCUCAUGUGAAUACAGACACUGACACAGACACUAAUAACAUAAAUACAUACAUUUAAUUACAAAAAAAUUGUAUCAAGGGAAAAAGUUGGUUUAGCCUUUCAAAUUUGCAUAUUUAUUCACAGUGGAAAUUAGAGCGUAGAUUUUGUUAAUUUUACGAUGUUUUUUUACAUUUUUUAUACAAACAUAACGAUAAAUCGUGCAUAACGCACACAAAGAGAAAUAUGUACUGUAAAAAAUUAAAAUUAAAUAAUAAAACAUAUAUCUCCAAACACAUAUACAUAUAUACUAAACAUAUACAUAUACAAAUAUACAAAGUAUAUAUACAAUAUAAAUAAUAAGAAUUGGUAAAAAUAAUUAAACACAUGUUAGAAGAGUCUUACCACGAAAAACCAAAUUUAUAUAUAUUAUUAUAUUUCUAAUUUAUUGACUUAGAUUUACAUUGACACACAAGAUGGUUAGCUCCCUAGGAUUUAGAGAAUCAAAAUUAGUUUUUAUGUGUAGUGAAACAAUUAUAUUGAAAUAUUAUACUUAGUAAUAACUCAAAAUAAGUGCAUACC